AUUUUUUUUUUCUCUCCUGAGUUGUUGAACUGCUGCGUAUUAUUGAUCUGGUCCAUCCCAAAACAGCAGAUGGCUCCAACGGCUGAAUGAUCUGUGUAACGCCCAGUGGGGUUCGCCGUGUCUCUCUCUGUCUCGAACUAUUUCGAAAAUACGACUUUCAUCAUGGAAAGCCAACACAUUAUUUACAUCUUUGGUCAAUGUCUUAUUGUGCUUCAAGCCAUUUUUUUCCUCAGCAUGGUCGACGCAGCAGCCGACAUGUCGACAACCCUUCCACCAAAUUUUGUCCCCGUGAUCGAUGGCGCAGUAACAGAGAGACCAGCUGACCUGCCCGAAAUUCUGGCCGUUCCUGACGCCAAGGGCCUGAUCUGCACGUUAGCCAGUUUGGAGGCGACCGUCGUGAUCUGGCCAGAAGGGGACGAAUCACGCGAGGUGCGAAUCGAAAUGCCUGAUCGCGACGUGAACGUCUCGACCGUUCAAAAUUGCUUCAACAAUCCAUCGUCAUCGGUCAAACCACUUUUGGUAGUCACGUGGUCGUCGUCCUUUCAACUAUGCUUCUACAUCUCAAAAGACGAAACCAACUGGAAUCUAGAUCAAAUCGUCUUCGCAUUCAACACUUCAGAAGUUCCGCUCGGCUUCGCCAAAAGUGAAUUGAGGACGUUUGGAAGCGAGGCGAAUGCUCUGUCAGAACUGCAAGCCCCGCUUGGAUCCUCCUAUCGUUGUCUCUCUCCCAAGCAGUUCUCUUUACUACCGUUAGGUGGGAGCAGAGUUGUAUUGGGCCAAAAUAAGAAUCAAAAUGUCCCAGACAAAGCUACUCUUCGUCUCGAUAAUUUCCAAUUUCAGCCAUUUCUCGGUGAUCUGAAAGUAUUUGGAGAAGAGGUUGUCUGCCGUGAAGAUUUGAUAACCCGACGUCAUCGCCGUCGUCGAGAUUCUAGCGUGACGAUUGCGGUUGGCAGUUCCUUAGCUGUCAUUUCCGUCGUGACCGUGAUGGGCUACGCCAUUUUCCGUUACGUCAAGGUCAAGGCUGUCGGUUAUGAUACCAUGCAAUAAUUGAUUUAGUUCACAGAAAAUAGUCAACAGCAUCAGAACGCCAUAGAGCUUCAGAAAAAGAGACAGUUUGAUCAGCAGAUCAUUUUUUAAAAAUGUUUUAAGUAUUCGAAAGUUAAAAAGAGAAUUACAUAUCAUUUGUAAUAAUCAGAUGUGCCACUCAGCAGUUAACCCAAGUCUUCCAUGAUCCGUAUUAAUUUUUAAGUAAAUUAAAUGUAAUGUCCUGAAGUAUUUACGCCUGGCCCAUCCUAUUUUGAAUAGUUUUUUUUAUAGGCUUUCCUCGUAUUCUCUAUCCUCGUAUACGUUGCAGUGUGUAUUGAAACGUCUAGA